AUGGAUUCAUCGCUUCUUACGCUGGAAGAAGAGGAAAUCAAGGAUUUAAUGGAUGAGGACAUCAGGAACAGAGGUCAGCCGGAUGAAUUCCCAGUGUCUAUGGAGGUAGAUCAUGAAGAAGAAAUCUACACAUCCGAAUCUGAGCCUGAGCCCGAACAUGAUCGAGAUACUGGACCAAAAGCAUCUAGUGAUCGUAAGCGUAGGCCUAAAAAAACCCGAAAACGUGUUGUGAGCAGCGCAGCGCAAAAAGUUGAAUUCAAACAGCCUGAGGUCCCUGCCAAUGUGGUCCCUCAUUCUGAUGGAAGUAAAUCUGAGCCCAAGCAGGAGGAGGCUAAGAAACCAACUGAUGUGGGUAAAAACAUAAAGGAAAUGCCAGGUGAUGUAAUGGUUGAGGAAAAGAAUGAGGUUCCAUUUUCACCUACGUCAUCGGAUGAGAACAAAGAGCCAGAGCCAGGGUCAGAUGAUUCGCCUACUGCUUGGGUUUCUGAAGCUGGGCCUUUCUUUGAUUAUCUUAUGGAUGUGGUAGAUACUGGUAAGUCAUCAAUGACUUGGGAAGAUGCCAAACCAGCUUUUCUGGAAUAUUUCAAGGAUGCAUUCUACACUCUUGGAACUUAUUUCCGACGCUUCAAUCGUGAGGAAUGUGAUAUGAGUGAAGGUUCAGAGGUUAUGGAUAUUUAUCGAUUCAUAUGUCAAAAAGUUGAGAACUUCGACAAUUUUCCUUUCACAUUUCGCAGACUAUGUGAAUUGCUUGUUGAUCCGACACGUUGCUACACAAAAUUCCCGAGGUAUAUGCGUGCUCUGAGAAAAGUUGUAGACAUAGAGUCGACCAUCGGCCCGCCGAACAUCGCAAAACAAAUCGAAGAGGACACAAAACUCGAAUCACUCUUUUUUAAGGGUCCAGAUGAUGAUUUUAAGAAAUUAAAUUUGGCUGAUUAUGGACUGGACGAAGAGGAUGCAGAAGAAUACACAAGUAGUUCGGAUUCAGAUGAUUCAAGAAGUUUCUGCUCUGACUCCAGUGAUUGUUCGUUAUGCAAUGCUGAAUCCCCGUACAAUAGUGAUAGCCCCGUAGAUGACGUCGAGAAUCUUGAUGAUGAUGAUGACGAUGAGCGCGGCCCACCAUCAGAGCGUCAGUCAGCUGGAGCAGAUCUUACAUUCGAUCAUAAUUUAUUUGGUGAAGUGAACCCAGGAUAUGGGAUCGAUUCCGACAAAGAAAACGUCAACAAGUUCGCUAGACUGGAAUCCUCGAAACACCGGAAACAUGAGAAUUGUCGCAAACGUGGCCGAAAAGAUGAGACCUUUAGGGAAGCGUUUGCUGACAGUACAAUUUCCAAGAAGUCACUGAUUGACAUUCCAGAAGACAGUGGAGCUGCUUCGAACCCAACAUCUUGGCAGGUUGGUGCUAGUGAGGUUAAGUCGGGUACUCUUGUUGCUGUAAAGGAUGUCUCUGACUCUAUCGUUGCUAACGAGUUCCACGGUGAAACGGACUCAACCGAAACUAAUAAGUACGAAUAUUACGAAGUUGUUUCUGAAGAUGUGAUCAAACGUGAAAUCGCUGAAGGGAAAAUAUACGAUAUUUGCGAAGUUCAAGAAGUAUACGAUGAUCAGCUUGGAGGACAGGCUUAUGAAGUUGUCGAUGAGUAUGCUGGACUUCCUGUUGACUGUGAACACGCACAUGAAUUCCUGGAUGAUGACGAUGAAGAUGAUCUUCCCGCUGAUUGUGAACUUGCACAUCAAUUUCUGGAUGAUGAUGACGAUGAUGAUCUGGAACUAUAUGACGAGGAAAGUGUAGAGGAAUGA